AUGGAGACCAUGACAGACGCAGACCCCGAUCCUAUUAAACUAAAAUCAUUGAAAAACGGCAAAACGUUUCUAGUCCCACAGAAAGACCGGUUAGGAAACUGCAGGAGUGUGAAGGAGUUUGAAAAACUGAACCGAAUUGGCGAGGGGACGUAUGGAAUUGUGUACAGAGCCCGUGACACAAAGACAGAUGAGAUCGUGGCGCUUAAAAAAGUACGGAUGGACAAGGAGAAAGAUGGGAUUCCCAUAAGUAGCCUUAGAGAAAUCACCCUCCUCCUGAGACUCAGACACCCCAACAUUGUGGAGCUGAAGGAGGUGGUGGUGGGGAGUCACUUGGAGAGUCUGUUCUUGGUGAUGAGCUACUGUGAGCAGGACCUGGCCAGUUUGUUGGAGAAUAUGCAGACUCCCUUCUCUGAGGCUCAGGUGAAGUGUAUAGUUCUCCAGCUGCUCAAGGGGCUAGCGUACUUGCACCACAAUUUUAUACUGCACAGGGACCUGAAAGUGUCCAAUCUACUGAUGACAGACAAGGGCUGUGUGAAGAUAGCGGAUUUUGGCUUGGCUCGUGUUUACGGCGUCCCCCUCCAGCCAAUGACACCCAGGGUGGUGACGUUGUGGUACCGUGCUCCAGAGCUCCUGCUAGGGACCAAGACGCAAACUACAGCUAUUGACAUGUGGGCAGUAGGUUGCAUUCUAGCAGAACUUCUGGCCCACAAACCACUGUUGCCCGGUGGUUCAGAGAUUCAACAGGUGGACCUCAUUGUUCAGCUGCUUGGAACACCCAAUGAGAAUAUCUGGCCGGGUUUCUCACGCCUUCCCUUGGUGGGACAGUACAGCCUAAGGAAACAGCCCUACAACAACCUGAAGAAUAAGUUCACUUGGCUUUCUGAAGCUGGACUUCGUCUGCUCAACCUACUGUUCAUGUAUAACCCAGAACGCAGGGCUUCGGCUAAAGACUGUCUAGAAAGUUCCUACUUCAAGGAGAAACCGUUGCCCUGCGAGCCUGAACUCAUGCCGACCUUUCCUCAUCAUCGGAACAAAAGGGCAGGGCCUGCUGUCGAGAGCCAAUCAAAACGAAGCAAAGUGUGA